CUGUCGCCCUCAAAGUGACGUCACCUCGCGCGCCGGAAGCUAUCCCUCUGGGACCGAGAACACCAUAGAGACGGGAGGAGCCGCCCGGAGUGACCCUAAAGAAGAGCGAGAGACUCCCCCCGGAGUGACCCCUCUGCCGAGACACCCGGGAGUGGAAGGAAAGGAGGGGUGCUCCAGCCGUGUCAGCUGCUUCCAGACACCCCGGAAGUGACUAGAGAGGACAAAAGCCCAGGAAGAGAGCGGAGAAGAAAGGAUCCCCCCUCCGUACGUUGCCCUACACAGGAGAGACUGCACACGGGGACAGGACACACACUGAUAGCGCCUGGGGGAGCCCGUGUCUGCACACCGACACCUCACCUGUAUUUCAUAAAUCAGUGUUACAUUAGCACUAGCAAACAUGCCAUUCCCCUUUGGGAAGUCCCACAAGUCUCCUGCAGACAUAGUGAAGAACCUAAAGGAAAGCAUAGCUGUAUUGGAGAAACAGGACAUUUCAGACAAGAAAGCUGAGAAGCUACUUGUACCUCACUCGGUCAGCUCCCCUACCCUCCAAUCCAAUUCUCUAACCCGUCCCACUUCUGGUUCAAACAUCUCACUUACCACGUACGCUUCUGAUGACAUGCACAUUAGCAGCAGGAACAAGGACCCAAAGAAAGUGGCCUGGCCCAAAGCAAAAAGGAGUUCAUUUGGGAAGCAGAAGAUGGACAGAACUGCAGUUUUAUCGGCAACCGAAGAAGUGUCAAAAAACCUUGUGGCUAUGAAGGAGAUCUUGUAUGGCACAAAUGAGAAGGAACCUCAGACUGAAGCUGUGGCCCAGCUAGCUCAGGAACUGUACAACAGUGGACUCCUGGGAACUCUGGUGGCUGAUCUGCAGCUCAUAGACUUUGAGGGAAAAAAGGAUGUGGCACAAAUCUUCAACAACAUUUUACGAAGACAAAUUGGCACGCGAACCCCAACUGUGGAAUAUAUAUGUACCCAGCAGAAUAUUCUCUUUAUGUUAUUAAAAGGGUAUGAGUCCCCUGAAAUUGCUUUGAAUUGUGGGAUCAUGCUACGGGAAUGUAUCAGGCACGAACCACUUGCCAAAAUAAUUUUGGGUUCUGAACAGUUUUAUGACUUCUUCCGAUACGUAGAGAUGUCAACGUUUGAUAUCGCUUCCGAUGCCUUUGCAACUUUUAAGGACCUAUUGACUAGACACAAGCUCCUGAGUGCUGAAUUUCUUGAAAAUCAUUACGACAAGUUCUUCAGUGAAUAUGAAAAGUUGUUGCACUCGGAAAACUAUGUGACAAAGAGGCAGUCAUUGAAGCUACUUGGUGAACUUCUCCUAGACCGACAUAACUUCACCAUCAUGACAAAGUAUAUCAGUAAACCUGAAAACCUCAAGCUGAUGAUGAAUCUACUUCGUGACAAAAGCCGCAACAUUCAGUUUGAAGCUUUCCACGUGUUUAAGGUAUUUGUAGCCAACCCGAACAAAACACAGCCUGUCCUGGAUAUUCUCCUAAAGAACCAGAGUAAGCUUAUUGAAUUCCUCAGCAAGUUUCAGAAUGACCGCACUGAAGAUGAGCAAUUUAAUGAUGAGAAAACCUACCUAGUGAAACAGAUCCGGGAUCUGAAAAGACCCACGCAGCAAGAACCCUGAAGUGGAAAGGGGUGGGGAGGAGGGAGGAGCCCAAACCCAGCGCUUGCUGCGAGAGUAUUCAGCAUCCCGUGGACUUUGCGAGCAACGUCCUCACUUCUACCCCGAACAGUUUCACCUUAUUCCAUUGCAUUUGAAGUUUUAGUCCAAGUGUAACCCCUUCCCUGAAGGAAGAACCCAGGUGCUGCACAAAUCCUGCUGCAGCUCAGUGGGUAAAAUCAAUGCAUAACUACCUUUUUAUGUUCGUUCUUUCCCUCCCUUGCACAUUUAUAGAGCAAGAUGGAUUUUCUUUACCCCUAAUUCUCCAUGUUGCAUCAGCACGGGAUUGAGACUUGCUCAUUAUCACAGUAUCAGGGCAAAAAAGUGCAUCCAAACAAAGGAGGCUGUGGAAUCUCGGGCGAGUGUAGAGCUAAUAGUCUGGGUUUUGGAUAAGAUGGUAUACUUGUACUUUAAUAAUUUUUUUUUUUCUCUUAUUAUUAUUACUAUUUUUUUUUAAUGCAAUGCAAUGCAUGGCAUGCUUGCAGAGAAAAUGAAAAAAUAACCCACAAAAUUCUGGUUUCCAUCAGCAUAUUUGCACAUAAACUUAUCGGAGGGAUUGAGCACAAAAUUGAAUCUGUGCAUAGGUGGUACCUUAGUUUUAAAACAACAAUAUGCCUUUAUUUCAAACAAACAACCAAUAAAAUACAACAGUGCAGUGCUUUUAUUUUUAAUGCCAUGGAGUGGCACGUACCACUCCAUGUUGGGGAUUGGGGAGUGAAUAGGAAUGGAUUGAUACUGCGUUCAUUAUGUAUUUUAAAAGUGUGGAGUGGAGGAGCUUGAUGCAGAGGGAUUCAUGUAAAAACGAGUGUAUAGUCAUUAUAUAUUCCUUUCAACUGCUUUCUUGCUUUCCUUGGCAGUGUGUUUUGCUGUUUUUAGAGGGUGCAUAAGAGAAAGUUUGGGGAAAAUAAGCAGCAUCUUAUGUCAUCAGUAUGGAACGUUCUGCUGACUCGUUGGCACCAUUCUGUACACUGCUUAUGCAUGUAACAAAUGUUGAGAGAGGGAAAUUGGUACUGGGCAGAGCAGCUACUUCAUGCUUUGGUCCUAGUAUGGGAAGUAGCUUUGUAAACAUCCAUUUGUGGUUCCUCACAAAUGUUAGGCUUGAUGUAGAGCCUUGCGCAGACAGUAUUUUCUCCUUGGAAAUACCAUAUUGCUUCAAACCCCAAGUAGGUUGCAGAAAGCUUGGCCUCUCAUCAUGUAUUCUUAAAUCUUAAGGAGAAGAGUGGCAAUGAGGCCAAAUGUGAUUUAUUGCUUCACCCUGGAAAACCAAAUUCAGCAUGACAUACAUCUUUCUCAUGGUCAUAUAUAAUUGCUUUGGCAAACACAUUGCGUUUCUAAGACCCACCAAGAACAUAUGUUGCAGGUUUAUGUGCAUCUUUAGCCAACCAGAAUGACUACUUACAUGUGCCAACUGUGUAGGAGUAUGACAUGUGGAUUGUGCCAUAAACGCUGUGGCUGGAAGAGAGGUCACCUGGGAUUGGGUAAUUCAGUGUGGCAGUAUGCAUGAUGGCGUGGUGCAAUAUGUAUGAUUGCAGUUAUGAGAGCAUGCAAAUGGAGAAUGUAGCAGGGUAUCCUUGUUUAAUAAACGUUGCAAUGUUUGCUAUACUUAAGUGUAUUUACCUGGAACAAAAGAACACAUCUUGUUUAAAAAAAAAAUGCUGAUUUUGGCUUUAAAUGAAUAGGCUUAUGGAAAAGCAUCUAGGGCAGUGAUGGUGAACCUUGGCACCCCAGAUGUUUUGGAACUACAUUUCCCAUGAUGCUCAAAUACACUGCAGACUGCAUGAGCAUCAUGGGAAAUGUAGUUUCCAAACAUUUGGGGUGUCAAGAUUCGACAUCCACUGGUCUAGGAUAACAUCAAUGCUUUUUCUGCAUCUUUAUUUGUGUGAGGAGGUUUCAGCCUGGUGCAUGCAGCUCAAGUAGUAGUGCGUGUGGUCUGUUUCCUAUUAAGCAGCCACCCUCACAGAAAUUCUUUAGAUACGCCCUGGAAAAUGCUACAACCAAAGCCUCGGGUGAAGGGGUAAACACUGCGCUUCAUGCAGAUUUGCUUUGGGUUUCUUUUGGAUUCUCUGUGUACAUACGUUUUUUUGCCUCUUAUUCGUAAAGAAAAAAAAUAAACUGUACAGCAAAUGA